GAAUCAAAAUGUGUGGUUAUGUUACUACUUAUAAUAUACCAAAUGUAAUAAUAAUUUAAUUUCAACUUAUUUAUUUAAAUAAUUCAUUAUUUAAUACAAUUCAUAUAUCAAAAUGAAUACAAUUAAACUUUUUAAUCACGUAUUGGGGCUUCGAACUGUAUUGUAUGGGUCAUUACAAAAAAACGCGUUAAGAAUAUGUUGCAGUAAUAAAAUUCUACAUAAUAACGUUUAUAACCAACGAAACUUGCAAUUUAUUUCAACUUACGAAGUAAAAAACGUUUCAAAAGAAGAUAGUAUUUUCAAAAAAUUUCUUAAGAAAGUACCGUUUGUUAACUUCGAUAGUAUGAAAAUAAAAGCUCGCGGAUACGUUUUAUACGAGGAAAUAGCCGAUAAAAUUGAUUAUAUGGAAUAUUUUAAAGAAUUUGAUUUACCAGAUACGUUUUACUCCUGGUUUUCAAUAACUGAAUUGUACGUUUGGAUGUUGUCUGUUAGAGCCAUGGCAGAGGGUGAAGAUGGUAAAAUUCUCAGGAAUUCCAUCAUUGAAGCCUUGUGGGCUGAUGUCGGUCAAAGAAUUAAAAAAUUAGGGCCUGGUAAUACAUCCAGUCUUAAAACGCAAGUACAAGAAUUAUCAGAACAGAUGCAAGCCGCUUUCAUUGCCUACGACGAAGGGAUCCAAUCUGAUGAUAUUGUUUUAGCCGGGGCUAUAUGGAGACGGUUCUACAAAAUGGAACACGUAGAUCCGCAUAAUUUGGAUAAAUUUGUGCGCCAUAUUAGAAAACAGGUGUGUGUUUUGGAUAGUUUAUCUAAAGAUAAUUUAUUCAAAGCAAAUACGAUAAAUUGGUUACCGAUCGAGAACAGUUAAUAUCAUUACAAAAAAAAAUAGAUUUAAUACAGUGAUUGUAAAUAUUUUUUUGUAUUUAUUGUUCAUAAAUAUAGUGUUUUAAUUAUC